CUCAAGCUGAAAAGGUCGUAGUGGGGAAGGAAGCCCUGUCGCAUGAUGAGGUCUCCGCGGGCUCGCUCAAAGCUGGCGGCGGGAGGAUUGGCCGCCGUGGCGAUAUGGAUGGCUGGGGCAGGUUGGAGGCAAAGCGUUGCCUUCCUUCCAGGGCAGGCGAACUCUCGAAGAGAGCUACUAGCUUCCGCCAUGCUGCUGAGCUUUCCCACUCGUGCCAAUGCCGAGCGGCUCGGCGCCAAGAAUCGGAUCAGUUCUCUGUCGCUGGAGAACGAUGUCGAAUCUGGGAAUUUCGAUGGCUAUGACAUGGAAGGUACAAUGUCCAGGCUGGGAGACAAGCUGUCCGCAGGCUACGAGAAGGUAAAGCCGGUGUGCGAGGAGGUCAGCAUCAUCGCAAAUGGUGGUUCCCGAACUAGCCUCGACGACUCCACCAAGCGGUACGUCUGCGACAGGAACGACUUGCAGAAGCAGAAGGAAGAAAAGGGUGAGUACUCUUACAUCAACGCAGCGAAGGAUGUGAAAGCUGAAGAGAGGGCGCAGAAACAGGCAGAGAAGGAGGAGCGCAUUCGUAGGUCAAAGUCUAUUGUGACCCGGUAAUACUCUUAAGCUUGCCGCGAGAAUGAUAGUCAUGAGCGGCGCGUCCUGCGCCCCAUGAGCAUGAUGUUGCCUAGAC